GUGGGCAGUUCAGGGUUUCAUAUCUGCCUCCACUCUCGACUCCCUCCUUUUGCUUCCCUGAGUCCCUGAGUCGGUCGGUCCUGCGCUCCCCCAGCUCCCCCACAUACCUGCAGAGCAUCCACGGUCCUCUCCCACCUCCUCCUCCUCCUCCGCAGCCUGGGACGGGACAGUCGCACUGCAGCAGCAGAGACUGGAGGAAACUACUUUUUAACCUGAGAGCUGAGUCCAUCCUGCACCAGCUGAGAUGCUGCUGAGGAGAAUCCGACAUGUUCUUCCACUUCUCUGUGUCAUCUGUCAUCUCUCUCUGGCCUUCCCCACCAAAAACCCAUCUGCAUACGAUGACGUCCGCUCCCUCCAGGUGAACAUCCCCCACUCAGGUCCUGUUUCUGCCCCACUGGGCAGCUCCAUCUCCAUCCCCUGCUCGGUGUCCCUGUCCUCCACACCCACCACCUCCUCCCCCUCCUCCGCCCCUGUUGCACCGCGGGUCAAGUGGAGCGUGGUGUCCGCAGGGGUGGAGACGCAGAUCCUGGUGGCGAGGGGUCAGAGGGUGAAGAUCAACGAGGCGUACAGAGAUCGCGCCGCACUGCUCAACUACACGUCCUUCCCCGAUGACCUGUCCCUGUGGCUGGGAGAUGUGCGCUCCAGCGACUCGGGUCACUAUCGCUGUGAGGUGCAGCAAGGCCUGGAGGACGCCAGUGAUCUCGUGCAGCUCAAGGUCAAAGGUGUUGUAUUCCACUACAGAGAUGCUCUGGGCCGCUAUGCGUUCUCCUUCCAUCAGGCCAAGAAGGCUUGUGAGGCCAUUGGGGCCAAAAUGGCCACCGCUGACCAGCUGCUGGCGGCUUAUUAUGAUGGAUACGAGCAGUGUGAUGCAGGCUGGCUGGCAGAUCAGUCUGUCAGGUACCCAAUCCAACUGCCCCGUGAGGGCUGCUAUGGAGACAUGAACGGGAAAGCAGGAGUGAGGAACUACGGGACGAUGGAUCCAGAUCUAGAUCUGUUUGAUGUUUAUUGCUAUGUGGAACAAAUUAACGGAGAGGUGUUCCACGACUCCGUCCCUCAGCUGCUGUCGUUUGCUGAAGCACGGUCAUACUGCAGAGCGGCGGGGGCUGAGAUGGCGACAACUGCACAGCUGUACUUGGCGUGGAGUGAAGGUCUGGACUGCUGCAGCCCCGGGUGGCUGUCUGACGGCAGUGUGCGCUACCCCAUCACCACCCCCAGGGAGCGCUGUGGAGGGCCACAGGCAGGCGUCAAAACCCUUUACCGCUUCAGCAACCAAACUGGUUUCCCAGAGCCGUCCAGCCUUCACGACGUGUAUUGUGUGAGGGACAACAGACAUGCUCCCACUGACUCUCCCCCCGACUACAUGGCCACCGAGUCUGAAGACAUCGGACAAGAUGUUGUUAUUUUUACGCGAACAGAUCAAGAGCUGCUCCUGAACCAACACAAAGAGCAGGUGGAGCGAGAGGCGCUGAGUGUAGUCGAGUCUUUUCCCUUUGUCUCGCGUCCUUCCACUGAGGAAAACCUGGUGGACACACAUCCAACCGAUACAGCAGACACAACAGAGUCUCCCCUCAACUCCACAUAUCUGGACCUCCUUCAGCCGUUUGAUGAAAUGUCAUCUGCUACAGAAAUGACCCCCCACUCCCAGCAUCCUGUGACGAACGGCACAGUCAGCAGCACAGAAACCUACAAUGUUCCACAAAAUGCAUCAGUGCUGCCCAGUGUUCACAAUGACACAACCUCCCACCAGAGCCUGAACUUCACCGUUCACCAUUUUGAGCCUGAAAACGCCACAGGGUUUCCUGAACUAUCAGACGAGCCUCUCACUCGUAACCAAACAGACGCAAGCCCUGAAGAGCACACGCAACUGUUUGAGAGCCCGGAGGAUUCCCCAGAGAUACAAGAGACCUAUCUGGAUUUAAUCGGAUCACAAGCCAAUUACAGUGAAACAGAGAGAAACCUUACCCAGGAGGAGAACAUCCUGGAGGCGACAGCAGACCCCUCUGAAGACAUCCUCCAGGUGAAGCUGGAGGAGGCAGCAGUAGCACGGCCUGAGCAGAUGUUUCUCUCGACUCAGUCUCCAGAAGAGGAAGGAGAACUUCUAUCUGCCAACGCUUCUACUUCAUUGUGGCCUCCUCUUGAUGGAUCUGGAGAUAUUUCUCAAGAGAGUGACCUUGACGUUGGAGCAGUCACUUCCAACACCACUUCAGAUUCUCCCACUUCUGGUUUCACCACUCACAUCUCACCUUCAGCUUCACCUAGCAGCACUCCGGCUGAACCUCGGACUGCGCUUCCGAAUCCAACGCCUUCCUCUGGGUCACCAAAUACUGAUAGAUUGGGCUUCAGUGUCCUCGCCACAGUAGCACAGUUAUGGGAGACCUCCAUUUCAAAACAGGAGGGAAGUACAAGCUUAGAAUCUGAAGAAGCAGUCACGAUAGAAAGUGAGGAAAAAACGCUGCAACCAACGAGGGCUCAAGACAUCCCUGUUUCUGAAGCAAAUCUGGCAACCACCGAGUUUUCAGAGGGGCCUGAAGCCUCUCAGAUGCCCACCGAUUCCACCACAGCACAGUAUCAGACAUCAGGGCAAAAAGUGUAUUGGGACAUGGAAACCAUCACUUAUGAAGAGGCAAGUGGACAGGAGCCUGGUGCAGUUACUGCAGUCAUGGGGGUAGACAUCAAAUUUGCUCCAACCGUUGAAGAGGAACUCAAAGUUUCCUCAACCGUUGAAGAAGAACUCAAAGUUUCCACAACCGUUGAAGAGGAACUUAAAGUUUCCACAACCGUUGGGGACGAGGCUGACGUUUCCUUUACUGUUUCUCCCACUCUGAAAGAUGAAGCAAAUUUUUCCUUUUCAAUUGAACAGGAAGAUCACGUUUCCCCGACCGCUGAAGAGGACGUGACAGGUACUCCAGUUCUUAAAGAGGAAGACAAAGUUUUACCAACAUUAGAAGAUGACGUUUCCUUUUCACUGGAAGACAAAGUUACUGUUACCCCAACACACGAGGAAGAAACAUAUGUUGCCCCAACACUUGAAGAAGAAGCAGCUAACGUGGAAGAGGCCAUCAUUGCCCAAACGCUUGAAGAAGCUAAUGUUGACCCAACCAUUGAUGAGAAUGAUGUUAGCCCAACCCAUGAAGAAGCUAGCGUGGCCCCGACCCUUGCAGGAGAAGCUAUUGUUGCCUCAGCUCAUGAUGAACUAGCUAACAUUUCUUCAACCUUAGAAGAAGAAGUUAACUUGGCCGCUUCAAUUGAGGACUUCACGGUCUCUUCUCUUGAUUCUCAAACAUCUAACUGGGCUCUGCUGACAACCACAACUGGACCCCAAGAAUCCCUCAACGGCCUAGAGUACAGCAGAAGAACCUCCCCCACCACCUCCACAGCAGCUCCAGAUUCCACCUCGAGCACAAAGCCCAUUGGGGCCACCGCCACCACGACCACCACCACCACCAAGACCACCACACACUGGUCCAGACGCAGCUGGAGCCCGACCACCGCAACCCGGAGAGUUUCCCACAAGACGACAGAGCCCCAGAAGGUGACGCACCUCAUACCACCAGUGGAUCAGGGUCUGGUGGAUGGUGAGUUUAGUCUCACCAAGCCGCCCACCCUGCUUCUAUUGCCCAAUGAGAGGGCGGCUGUGGGCGGUACAGGGAAAUCUUCAGAUGCGUGUGAGAACGACCCCUGUCUCAACGGAGGCACCUGCACGGACAGAGACGGACAGAUUAAAUGUCUCUGUUUGCCGACAUAUGGAGGAAACUUGUGUCAGACUGACCUGGAGAGCUGUGAACCGGGCUGGGACAAGUUUCAUGGUUUCUGCUACCGACACUUCAGCCAGCGUCUGAGCUGGGAGGUGGCGGAGCAGCACUGCCGCGUGCUGGGAGCUCACCUGGUUUCCAUCAUGACCCCCGAGGAGCAGAGUUACAUCAACAGCAACUACAAGGAGUACCAGUGGACCGGCCUGAACGAUAAGACCAUCGAGGAUGAUUUCCGCUGGUCUGAUGGAAACCCUCUGCUGUAUGAGAACUGGUACAGAGGUCAGCCGGACAGCUACUUCCUCUCAGGAGAAGACUGUGUGGUGAUGGUGUGGCACGAUGACGGACGCUGGAGUGACGUGCCCUGCAACUAUCACCUGUCCUACACCUGCAAGAAGGGCACCACCUCGUGUGGUCCACCGCCAAAGGUCCGAAACACCUCCCUAUUUGGAAAAGCUCGACAGAGAUAUGAAACCAAUGCAGUUGUGCGUUAUCACUGUGUCGGGGGUUUCCAGCAGAGACUCAACCCCGUGAUCAGGUGUCUGUCUGGAGGCCUGUGGGAGAGACCACAGAUCAUGUGCAUCCCCGGUAAGAUAAGAGAGUAGUUU